GUAGCAUUUGAGACGGCAUACCCAGUUGCUCUGACUUCGUUUACGCUUGUGGGUCUUCCCAGUCCUGCGUCUUUGUUCUGGUGUUUCGGCCGUUACACGACAAACAGGCAAAACCACCCUGCGGUCUUCGGCCUAUCACUCCGUAACUUAGGCCUCGGAUAAUCGAUAAUGGGCAGCUGCAACGCGACCGCACAAGUCAAGAUGGCGGGGGAGUUCGACGCCUUUGAGGCCAAGAUGAAGAAUGCGGGCCUCAGCGACGCUGCGAUCGCAGCUUUUAAGAAAAACUACGACCAGUUGAUCGCUGGCGUAACGGGCAUGGUUCCCGAGGUCGACAUUGACAGUGCAUCCGGACUCCCAUCCCUCCUAGACUUGCCCAGCGUGUCUCCUGCUGAUGCGAAGUCUCUCCUCUCCCAGACCGCCGUGCUCAAGCUCAACGGCGGACUGGGCACCAGCAUGGGCCUGGAGAAGGCCAAGUCGCUGCUGGUGGUGAAGGACGGCAAGACCUUCCUGGACCUCAUUGCGGAGCAGGUCAAGCACAUGCGUGCCUCGUACGGCAGCAACGUCAUCUUCACCCUCAUGAACAGCUUCAGCACCAGCGAGGACACGCGCGCAUUCCUGCAGGAGAAGCACCCGGACCUGCUGCAGGAGCCCCUCAUCGAGCUGCUGCAGAACAUGUCACCCAAGGUGGAUGCGGCCACCAGCGCACCCGCCUCCUACCCGCAGCAACCCGACAUGGAGUGGUGCCCCCCCGGCCACGGUGACAUCUACCCCUCGCUGCUGGGCUCGGGCAUGUUGGACAGGCUGCUGGACCAGGGAAUCAAGUACCUGUUUGUGUCCAACUCCGACAAUCUGGGCGCCACCCUGGACCUGGACCUGCUCAGCUACUUCGCCGCAUCGGGCAAGGCCUUCCUCAUGGAGGUGUGCGAGCGCACCGCCGCGGACAAGAAGGGUGGCCACUUGUGUGUGCGGAGGGCGGACGGGCGGCUGAUGCUGCGGGAGAGCGCCAUGUGCCCCGACGAGGACAAGAAGGCGUUCGAGGACAUCGAAAAACACAGGUACUUCAACACCAACAACUUGUGGGUGUCGCUACCCGCGUUGCAGGCCACCCUGGCCGCAUGCGGGGGCGCGCUGCCGCUGCCGCUCAUCAAGAACAAGAAGACCGUCAACCCGCGUGACGGCGCCUCCGCCCCCGUGUUCCAACUGGAGACAGCCAUGGGCUCCGCGAUCGAGUGCUUCGACAACUCGGGUGCCAUCGUGGUUCCCCGCUCUCGCUUCGCCCCCGUCAAGACCUGCUCCGACCUCUUCGUCCUGCGAUCCGACGUGUACCGCAUCGCAGAAGACGCAACCAUUGCCGUAAUCCCCGAGCUGCUCCCCGCCACCAAGGGCGCGCCGCCUGCCGUACCGUUGGUGAAGUUGGACGACAAGCACUACAAGUUGGUUGAUCAGUUGGAGUCGUUGGCGCCGGCGGUUCCCAGCCUGAAGGGCGCGAGCGCGGUGACGGUUAAGGGAGCGGUUAAGUUUGCUGCUGGGGUGGUGCUGAAGGGGGAGGUGGUGGUGGAGGCGGUGGGAGGUGGGGUUGGGGAGCUGGCGGCGGGUGAGUAUAGCGGGAGUGUGAAGGUGGGGGAGGCAGCCGGGGUGUCCGCGUGAUGGGAGAGGGGAAAAGUAAAUGAAAAGUGAAGCAAUCCGCGGGUCCCAAUCCCAAUCCUGUAUCCCAAGAGGAGGGGGGAGGAGUAUGAAGUGGGAAGAGGAGGGUUGCAGUGAGGGAGACAGUUGAGGCAGUUGUCUUGCAUGGAACGUUGUUGGGAGCUUGUUUCGGUCGAAGCGGAACUGUGAUGUGAUGAUAUCUAUCUAAUAGCAAGGCGUAAGUCUAUCCUAAGAUUUAAGAACUUGGUUGCUUCCUAUCGGCCAUGCCCCAACGAGCCGUCCGUCUUUUGAUGUGUGGGAAGUGGAGGCCACUGUGUUUUUCGACCCAUGGGUCAGUCCCGGGUAUUGCGGAACCACAUGUGAGAAGACAUGCGCCGGAGUCGCCUUCCCUGGUCCUGGGGCCCGCACCUUCUUUCCAGAACUUUCCAUGCUGCCUGUUGAUGUUGUUAAACGACAUUGCGACGAUUGCUGUUGGUGCAAUAAUUGUUAUCAUGUGAAGAGAUGUGCUACGGCGUGUGAGCCGUCGAGUUGUAUGCGUUGUUGUUAUUGCUGUUGUUAGGAGGUGGCAAUGUAUGCUUAUAAGGUU